CGAAUCACAAGAUACUGUAUCCAGCACAUCGCACGCGGAACGACCGGUACCCGUCUCCGGCUCAAGUUGACGACGUCGCUGCCGAGGCUGCAUACUUGCCUGUUGUCCUUGAAGGUCAUCGGUGAUUCAAUCAAGCACAUCGUACACCACCAUGCAUAGAAUCCUGACCAUCCCGGAACUCCUUCACCUAAUAUUCGGGGAAAUCGAUGCCGACGAGGGACGGUUGCUCCUGGCACUGGCGCUUACGUGCCGUGCUUUUAAGGAGCCUGCCUUGGACUGCUUAUGGGCUUCGCCCGACGGCUUGGCCAAUCUUGUUGAAGUUCUACCCACAGACCUAUGGAGAGUUUCAAAAGAGAACCCGAAGAUCCUUAGGCUCCGUUCACCCGUGAGGCCUACCACAGAAGUUGACUGGGAGCGCUUCGACCUUUACGCUCGAAGAGUACGCGGACUCUACCUCCGUGCUACAACCCGAUGGAUUAAAUCUCGGGUCCUCUCGGGGAAGCUGUUUCGCUGGCUCGUCUCAUCAAGGCCUCAUCAUCAACUGCUCCCCAAUCUGUCGUUUCUGAGUUGUGCGUCAGAUGUUCCGGCCGAAGUCCACGACUCUGUGUACACGCUCUUUUGUCCACGGCUUGCCAAACUGGAUGUCCAACGCUGGUCUGAGCGCCCGGUUCCCGGUAAUGUCUCCACGACAUUGCUUCACCUCCCUCAACGGUCGCCGAACAUCCGGACGUUAACCGUAACCAUGCCUCGAAAUGGGGAGCCUAUCCCUGGUGGGAUAUUCGCAUCGUUGAAACGGCUGAAGAAGUUGCGCUUACAUGCGUCGGUGAUGUUUCACGUCUUCGUUGAGCUUUCAUCCUUACCGAAUCUCGUGGACUUGGAACUCGACAUCGACCGCCACUCACGAGCCAUUGUUGGGCAAACAGCGGAGGAACGUACCGCCCCGGGCCUGACUUUUUGCGCUCUGGAACACUUGACCCUCGGCAUGCCCAUCACCGCUGCAAAUGCACUCCUGUCCGCCUGUCGCUUUCCUCGGCUCCAGAGGAUAGACGUGACAACGCAGUCCGUCACGGCCUCCACAUCCCUCGAUAGAACAUUUCAACUCAUCCACGAACACUGUAACCACACACACUUGGACACGAUUUGGAUAGAGAGCGGAGAGCACGCACUUCCUCACGAAGUGGGUAGAGAAGCCAUCACCGCAGUGUCUCUGGAAUGCCUCUGCGAUUUCCGCCGUCUAUGUUGCUGCGUGAUUAUGACAUGGGAGCUGUGCAUCAUUCUUAACGACGAAAGCGUCAAGAAGAUGGCCAUGUCGUGGCCUCGACUUGAAGAUCUGACUCUCAGGAACUUGGUGACGCACCCGUGGGCGAUUCCGACCGCAACAACACUGGAGGGCCUCGCGCAUCUCGCUCGGUUCUGUCCCUUGCUCAACGAGCUGUCCAUCGACAUCCAAACGGCCGACACCAUCGUCUCAGCCAACGUCAAGCCCGGCGGUGGUUUCUGCAACCGGGCACUCCUCGCGGUCGAAUUCAAUCAAUCGCCCGCGCUCGGUAACUGCGCGAAGAUAGCAGCCUUCUUGCACGCAAUCUUCCCCAACCUGUGGGAGAUCAACUAUAUCGAUGGAGAGGUGAGAGGCGAAACUUGGAGGCCGGUGGUGGAGGUACUUGAGGUGCUACAAUUCGCCUCAAGAUGGGAGAAGCAUACCUGAAUGUUCACGCAAACGCCGUGACUUCACCUGUGCGUACCGGAACGAUGCAUCUGGUAUAAUAUACCUAUAACUAGUGCGAUGUCAUGAUAUUAUGCUCCGGCGACGGCAGGAACAG